UGAUAUGAUACAUUUAAUUAUUUUGGUCGAAUCCAAAUAGCGUUUCAAGGUUCGAUCUGAAGAGGGAGGAGAAGCCAAGCAACCGUUGGCACCCCCGGAGAUUCUUCCGAUCACCUGAAGCUAGAACCAGAUAAUGUUUCAGAGCCAAAAUAACACAAAUCGUAAUAUAAGUUAAUAAAAUGUCAUUUUCAACUCUCUGUUCUCCAUAUGCAUUGCCAUUUGCCACACACACAGAGAGACAGACAGCCACACAUUUAUCUUAUGAUACAAAUUUUAGAAAGACAAAAGUCUUUGCGAGAUGGUGAAAGAUGCCAUUUUUUUUACUGUCUUUUGGUUGUGAAGAGAUAAGGUAUCUGCAAAAACCAAUGAUCCCUAUUUUCACUGUUACAAAGGACAAGAAAAAAAGAAAGAGAUUAAGCUGAGAAAUAUCGAGGAAGUGUGUUCAGAGAGAGGGAGAGAGACUAGAGAGAUCACUCUACUUACUGGGUUUUAGUGUCUGAUGGCUCCGUCGAGUGCAAGAGUGGUGGUGAAGGUUGAUCUGAAGAAGAAGCCAUGGGAGCAGAAUCAGCCACUGCAUAAUAGAUGGCAUCCUGAGAUACCAUCAGUUUCACAAGUCACGACUGGUGAGUUCUUCAGGGUGGAAAUGAUUGAUGCGAUGGGAGGUGUUGUUAAAGACGAUGGCUCUGCAGGCGAUGUUAAGAACGCAGACCUUUCUACGACUCAUUACUUAAGUGGGCCGAUCAAAGUUGUGGAUGAGGAUGGUGUUGCAGCCAAACCAGGUGAUCUUCUUGCUGUUGAGAUAUGCAACUUGGGUCCUCUUCCGGGAGAUGAAUGGGGAUACACUGCUUCGUUCGAUAGAGAGAACGGCGGAGGUUUCUUGACUGACCAUUUCCCGUCUGCAACCAAAGCUAUUUGGUACUUUGAAGGGAUCUAUGCCUACUCUCCUCAUAUUCCUGGAGUACGGUUUCCUGGCUUGACACAUCCAGGUGUCAUUGGCACUGCGCCAUCGAAAGAGCUCCUGAAAAUAUGGAACGACAGAGAAAGACAAUUAGAAGAAAAUGGUCCCAAGUCCUUUACACUAUGUGAUGUUGUGCAUCAACGGCCACUAGCAAACCUACCGUCAACUAAAGGAUGCCUCCUAGGGAACAUUGAAAAGGGAACAACGGAAUGGGAAAGGAUUGCAAAAGAGGCUGCCAGAACAAUCCCAGGAAGAGAAAACGGAGGAAACUGUGACAUUAAAAAUCUAAGCAGAGGCUCUAAAAUAUAUCUCCCGGUGUUUGUGGAAGGGGCUAAUCUAAGCACAGGGGACAUGCAUUUCUCGCAAGGUGAUGGUGAGAUCUCAUUCUGUGGAGCCAUCGAGAUGAGUGGAUUUCUAGAACUCAAGUGUGAAAUCAUAAGGAAUGGGAUGCAAGAGUACCUUACGCCAAUGGGACCAACCUCUCUCCAUGUAAAUCCAAUCUUUGAGAUAGGACCAGUGGAACCGAGAUUCUCAGAGUGGCUUGUCUUCGAAGGUAUUAGUGUCGAUGAAAGCGGGAGACAACAUUACUUGGAUGCAACAGUUGCUUACAAACGAGCGGUUCUCAACGCCGUAGACUAUCUCUACAAAUUUGGUUACUCAAAAGAACAGGUAUACCUAUUGCUUUCAUGUUGUCCAUGUGAAGGAAGAAUAUCUGGGAUAGUUGAUUCUCCCAAUGCUGUUGCCACACUUGCAAUACCCACUGCCAUCUUUGAUCAGGAUAUUCGGCCAAAGACUCAAAAGGUUCCAGUAGGACCUCGGUUAGUGAGGAAACCAGACGUAUUGAGGAGCACUUAUGAUGGAAAUCUUCCAAUUACAAAGAAUCCAAGCUCUCGACGUAGAUUCUAGAAAAAAAAAUAUUAUACAGGGAAGCAGCUAUCAAGACUGUCUAAUCAGACAUAUGUUCUGGAAUAAAGAGAUAAAAUGUGUCCAUGAGAUAAUGAUCGUCCGUAAUAUUCAGGGUGGAUGUUAGAUUUUGUAUCAAAAUAGCUUUUAAUAAGUCGCAUGUAAGAUACCUUCGUCAUGAGCUCAUCCUCUUUGGAUAUAACAGAGAUCCUCUCCAUAACAUAAGUCAACGUAACAUCAUUUUCAGCCUCUUGUCAUUUAUUGGGUUCAGCUUGAUGGCUCCGUCGAGUGCAAGAGUGGUAGUGAAGGUUGAUUUGAAGAAGAAGCCAUGGCAGCAGAAUCAACCACUGCAUAACAGAUGGCAUCCUGAGAUACAACCAGUUGCAGAGGUCAAGGCUGGUGAGUUCUUUAGGGUGGAAAUGGUUGACUGGACAGGAGGUGCGGUCAAAGACGAUGGCUCUUCUGACGAUAUUAAGACCAUAGAUCUCUCUACUGUUCAUUACCUGAGUGGGCCGAUCAGAGUUGUGGAUGAGGAUGGUGUUGCAGCCAAGCCAGGUGAUCUUCUUGCCGUUGAGAUAUGCAACUUGGGUCCUCUCCCAGGAGAUGAAUGGGGAUUCACUGCUUCGUUCGAUAGAGAGAAUGGCGGAGGUUUCUUGACUGACCAUUUCCCUUGCGCGACCAAAGCUAUUUGGUACUUUGAAGGGAUCUAUGCUUUCUCUCCUCAAAUUCCUGGGGUACGGUUUCCUGGCUUGACACAUCCAGGAAUCAUUGGCACCGCGCCAUCGAUGGAGCUCCUGAGAAUAUGGAACGAAAGGGAAAGAAAAUUAGAAGAAACUGGUUUCAACACUCUAUCACUAUGUGAGGUUGUGCAUCAGAGGCCAUUGGCAAACCUACCAACAAGUAAAGGAUGCCUCCUCGGGAAUAUUGAAGAGGGAGCACCGGAAUGGGAAAGGAUUGCGAAGGAGGCUGCGAGGACAAUCCCAGGAAGAGAAAACGGAGGAAACUGUGACAUAAAAAACUUAAGCAGAGGAUCUAAAAUAUAUCUCCCGGUGUUUGUGGAAGGUGCUAAUCUAAGCACAGGUGAUAUGCAUUUCUCGCAAGGUGAUGGUGAGAUCUCAUUCUGUGGAGCCAUUGAGAUGAGUGGAUUUCUAGAACUCAAGUGUGAAAUCAUAAGAAACGGGAUGCAAGAGUACCUUACACCAAUGGGACCAACCACUCUCCAUGUAAAUCCGAUCUUUGAGAUAGGACCAAUGGAACCGAGAUUCUCAGAGUGGCUUGUCUUCGAAGGUAUCAGUGUAGAUGAAAGCGGGAGACAACAUUACUUAGAUGCAACAGUUGCUUACAAACGAGCAGUUCUCAACGCUAUAGACUAUCUCUUCAAAUUCGGUUACUCGAAAGAACAGGUGUACCUUUUGCUCUCAUGUUGUCCAUGCGAAGGAAGAAUAUCUGGAAUAGUCGAUUCUCCAAAUGCAGUUGCUACACUUGCGAUACCCACUGCCAUCUUUGAUCAGGAUAUUCGGCCAAAGACUCAAAAGGUUCCAGUAGGACCUCGGUUAGUGAGGAAACCAGACGUUCUGAAGAGCACUUAUGAUGGAAUGCUUCCAAUUACAAAGAAUCCAAGUUCUUCGUCUUAAGCUUCUAGAAAAAAAAAAUUGGAUCUGAAAAAGCUAAUACCUAGACUGUAUAAUCAAGCAUAUGUUCCAACAACAAAGCAAUCAAAGAAACCUGAAGGCAAUGAUUAUGCUCCUCUAUUCACAAAUGCACCAUUUUUCAAGAGUAAACGCAUUAAAUCAAACCCUUAGAUUGCAAAACUGAGCUCAUAAUGAGUAGAAUGUACCAUAUGAUCCACACAAACAUUUAACACUACAUUCCUUCUUCUACCUAUAUCUCCACAAGCUAAAGCACAUAUAUCCCAAUUUGUUUUCUUAAUUACAUUUAUUCUUUACUGUUUCGGAAUAUCUCAGUACUAGGAUCAGUGGCGAUUGAUAUGCUUGAGCUCUGCUUCAAAACACUGAGCUGCAGAAACAUGGUGAUCGAAUCAAUUUCAUAGAAUUCAUCAAAUGCAACCCCACAAGCCUGCAACAAGUAUCAGUACAGUGAAUGGUAACACAAUUGAGUGCUGCUAACAGAUUUAUUAUGAGAAAUAGGAGCAAAAACUGAUACCCGCAACAAUCCAAGGUAAGAUGAGAAGAACGAUUCGCCACUCAAACAGAGGUUUAAGGGAAAUCAGAAGAGGAGAAGUAGGAAUCCAGCUAAACGUAUUGAUUCUCUCGAAACGUAGGAUUCCAGAAUGUGGGUUUCUAGAGAAUCAAUACGUUUCGAUGGAUUCCAAUCAGAAACUGAAAAUCCGAAGAAGAAAACGAGAUUUCAUAUUCUGCCCAGAAACCCGAAGGAAAUCAGAAGACGAGAAGAAGAAAGAACAUAGCUCCAUGGCGUUAAUUUUUUUUUUUUUUUGGGUCAA